AAACUUGAAGGACAAAAUUAUAAAUUAGAGAUAGAAGCCGAAAGGUCCAAAGACUACUACUACUUCACUUCGGCAUAUCUCUUUUCUCAAAAAUGGCUUCCUCUUCAACAUUAUCAAAAAAACAAAAAAUGGCUUCCUCUUCUGUGCCUUCACUGAUGAAAGACGAAGAGCCGAGAAACUGGGCGGAGCUUCCAUCGGAGUUGACGUUUUCGAUACUGAAUCGGCUUGGUGCGAUUGAUAUUCUUGAAAACGCUCAGAAAGUGUGCACAUCGUGGCGUCGUGUGACUAAAGACCCCUUGAUGUGGCGGAAGAUUGACAUGCACUACCUCGGAGACAUGCGAAGCAUGAUAUAUGACUUCGAGAGCAUGUGUCGUCAAGCAGUUGAUCGUAGUCAAGGUGGUUUGGUUGAGAUUGAUAUUUGGCACUUUGGUACUGAUGAUCUCCUCAAUUACAUCGCUGAUAGGAUUUUGUGACACUCUUGAUAUCUAGAUUUGUCUUGUUUCUUUCCUUAUAUUGAUUCGCCGAUGAAUGCACUUUGGACAUUGAGUUACUUGUGAACAUGUACGCAAUGCAAGUUAGAAAUAAAUUUUGUUAAUGAAGCGUACUCUAUAAGAUUGAAUUGAAUGUGCAUGUUUUGAGACUGUUAUUGUUUAGCUUUUAUUUCAUUCUGGACUAGAAAAAUGUACAUGUUUCAGGAUUGUUGUGCUUCUGAACUCUAGAUGUUUGGCUAUAGGUUUUUCCCGGGUGCUAUAAAAAUAGAUCUUUUAG